AUGGCAACCUUCAGAGAAGAAGAGGUGGAAGGUGAAGAAGAUUCCAGAUUUGAGUAUGCUCAUGGAACUGUAAUGGUUCUUGCAUGGAUGGUAUUUGCAUCAAGUGCUAUUCUAUUUGCACGUUAUGGUCGUAAGGUACACUUUGGUUCCAACGACAAGUUAUUAGGUGAAAAAAUUUGGUUUCAAAUUCAUCGUUUCAUGGCUUGUUUGACAACAGUAUUGACUCUACUUGGGUUUUUCUUUAUUUUGGUACAAGCAAAAGGCACAUGGAUAGGGACCGAUGAAGGUCGUGUAUUUGUCCAUUCUGUUAUGGGUGGUAUUGUUGUCUGUUGUGCACUUAUACAAGCAUGGAUGGCACUCUUUCGUUGUCAUCCAGACGGUUCGUAUCGUUUCAUUUACAAUUGGCUUCAUCGAUUAACAGGAGUAUUGGCUUAUUUUCUUUCGAUACCAACAAUCUUUAUUAUCAUAACAACUUUUGAUGCAAAUCGAACUGGCAUGAUCGUUAUUCUUUCACUUUGGUCUGCCUGGGUUGUUAUAAUUGUCAUUAUUUUAGAAAUCAUUCGGUUUGGUAUUGGAAAAUCAUCUUCUAGUGGAAUGGAGAAGAGAAAUGGAGCUGAAUUAUAUGAUCUUAAUGGACCACCAAGUGUCAAUACCGAAGAUGAUGAUAGAGAUACCGCACAUUGGCAUAAUCGGAUAUUAAUCUUGAUUCUAAUAAAUUUUAUUGUCUCCAUUGCUCUGGCUAUUCCACUAAUUGUUCUUAUUUGGAAAUAG